AUGACUGCUAAAGUUGCCUUGGUGACGGCUUCAUCAGCAGGCCUUGGUGCGGCGAUUGCUUAUGCCCUAAUUACAUCCUACCGAGUUGUGAUUAAUUACAACUCUAGGCCCCAGCACGCUGAAGCUGUACUUCAACAGCUCCGUCAUUUAUCCGCUGCUGCUGGCAUCCCCUCUGACGAUGGAGAGCCAAGGGCGGUAGCCAUACAGGCCAAUGUAACCCAAGCCGCCGAUACUCAUCGCCUCGUGGCAGAGACGGUAGCAAAGAUGGGCCGGUUGGAUGCCGUGAUUUCUAAUGUCGGCUGGACACAUAUUCGAGAUUUUUCAAACCUUGACGAUAAUUUGGAGGAAGAUGACUGGGAUUCAUGCUUUACAGCUAAUGUAAAGAGCCAUCUGAGUCUUCUCCAAGCAUCUAGGGAACACCUGGACAAAACACACGGCUCAUUUAUAACAAUUGCCAGUGUCGCUGGGGUGAAGCCAAGCGGCAGCUCUUUGCCGUAUGCUGUGACCAAGGCUGCGCAAAUAUAUAUGGUCAAAUGCUUAGCUGGUAUGGUGGGUCCCAACAUCCGGAUCAACUCUGUCUCGCCUGGAAUCCUGAUGACGGAUGUGGCAGAUCAAGUAAAAUGCCUCCUACAGAACCUGUCCAUAACUGGCGUAAAUGUAGUCAUAGACUCGGGAUUUUCCUCAACCUGA